CAGGAAGUUAAUUUUUGAGUUUUCAGAAAAAUGUUCAAUAUCGAAGUUCCAGAAGAUGAGCUGUAUAAAAAGCUUGAUACACCAUUCAGUAAAGAUUUUGUUAAAAUAUCCCUAAAAGAUGAUCCAAAAAAAUUCUGUGUGAUGCCACAAAGCUUUGUAGAUUUAGACCUAGAAAGAAUCAAAAAUAUGGAAAUUUUUGAAGACGAUGUUUGGGUUGUGACUUAUCCAAAAUGUGGUACAACAUGGACUCAAGAAAUGGUUUGGAUGAUUGGACAUGAUCUUGAUUAUGAGACAUCAAUGGAAGUGCUACUUGAUGAUAGGUAUCCAUUUUUGGAAUUAAAUGGAAUUGUUCCGAAUUACCCGAAAAAUAUGUUUGAAGAAUGUAUAAACUUGGCACGACCACGUUACAUCAAGUCUCAUUUGCCUUUAUUUCUACUACCAGAUCAACUGUGGACUGUCAAACCUAAAAUAAUUUAUACAGCCCGAAACCCGAAGGACACAGCUGUGUCAUAUUACCAUCAUUAUCACAACAUGAAUGGAUAUCAAGGAACAAUCAGUGAUUUUAUUGAGACGUUUGUCAAGGAUAUCAUGAUGUAUGCACCGAUGAAUAAUCAUGUGAUUGACUUUUGGAACAUUCGAAGUCAACCAAAUAUUUUGUUUCUAUUUUUUGAGGACAUGAAGAGGAACCUAAAACAGGAAGUAAAGAAAGUGAUGAAAUUUUUGGACAAAGAUUUUACCCAAAAUGAAAUUGAUAAGCUUUGCACUCAUUUGUCAUUUGAAUCGAUCAAAAAGAACAAAAUGAUUAAUAAGGAAGAAGAUAUAAAGCAUUUAAUGAGUUUGGAAGGUAUAGAGUAUAAUCCAGAAAAAUACACAUUUAUCAGAAAAGGAAAAGUUGGUGGAUACAAGCAGGAACUGACGAAAGAAGCUAUUGAAAUGCUGGACGAAUACAUAAAGAAGGCAGAGUUUGACAUUGAGUAUCAAUUUUAAGCGAUGGAAAGGGGCAGUUCACUUAUGACGUCCAAUGGGGGGGUCAGCAAGAAAAGAACAAUAGAAAUUCCUGGAAAACCAUUGUUCUUUUUUGAAAAAUGGCCGUUAAUUUCGGACGUCAUAUAUGAACUAUCCCAAAUGAAAUAAAUUUUUAUGUAAUCCUGACUUUACCUCCAAACUUUCAAAGAAUUAUAAAAUAUAA